AUGUGGGGCCCACCCCUCCCUCUCCAUUCUCACGGCCACUCCCCCGACGCCUCCUCUCUCCGCGCGCAGCGGGGCGGGCGCUGCUCCCUCACGUGGCUCCCUCGCGGGCGUUGCUUCGGGCCGCGCUGGCGCUGCUCCACGCCGCGCACGCGGGCAUGGCCCGCCUCGUCGUGUCGCUCCACCUCCGGGGGGGCGGCCUGGCUGGACGAGUACAUGGACGAGGCGUCGCGGCUCUGCGACGCGUGCCGCGCGCUAUGGCUCGGCGCCACCGCCGUCGAGGGCUACGCUGGCAGCGCCGCCCAGCUCGCCUCGCUACUCAUCGUGUGCAGGCGCGAGGCCACGGCGCUCAAGGAGGAGAACCACGCGCUGGUGGAGACGCGCGUGGAGGCGCUGGCGCUGCGCCUCAGCGAGGACGUCCUCGCCGACACCAAGCUGGGCGGCUUCAACGGCUUCCGCGGCGUGCUGUGCGCCACCCGGAUGCUCACCUCCUUCCUGCUCACGCUCCUCUCGUGGGGCGUGCUCCACUACUGGCCCGCACCGAACGCGGGCGUCGGGGACUGCGCCGCCUACUUCGGCGCGCCGUUCGCGUCGGCGCUGUCCUGCGCGCAAUAG